AUGUCCCAGCCAAGCACGGUGGAGGACAUCCCCCAAUCCCAAAGAUCGUCACAAUCAAUAUCAGUGCCGACAUCUGAGGGUGCUCACCAAAGGCGGAAAAUCGCUGAGUUAGAAGAAAAACUACAGGUGCUGGAAUCGGGGCAGGCAUUCAAACAAAGGGAGACAAAUUACUACGUGUUCAAGGGAAGGGCCAUCAGACGCACAGUUACAUUGUAUGAUCCCCUUGAAGAUCUCAUAACCGAGAAUGAUAGGAGAUGCGAUGACCAUCAGUCAGACGAAAAUGUAACCGUCGAUCAGGAGCAUUUGCAAUUUGGAUACAUCGCCCUUAACAACACCUUCUCAUGGUUUCACCGAAGGGCUUCAGAGAUGGAGUACAACGAGUACAUGGAGAUGUUAAAAAAGCUCAGGCAGGGGGCUGAUGGUGCUCGAGGAGAUGACACCUCAAAGCUCAAGAGCCUCGUUGCUGACUGUGUUAAUCGUGAACUGAAACCUAAUCCCCCUGUUGACCCCGAUGACAAAAGCUGUCGUGGAUUCGUCAAUGAUGCGUGUGGUAGACUACUUUUCCCAACCGAGCUGGACUGGAGCAACCCAAUCGUCAGAACAGGAAUCAGGGAUUGUGCAGACGGCUAUGUCAUGACGGAAAUGUCCUGGCCAGAUUUCCUGUACAAAAAGUACACGGCUGAUCAGAACAAUCUGGAGGAGGGCCUCUUCAAGAGCAGUCUUUUAGUUCAGGCCUUCAAAGCUAUAUUCACGUCUCCCUCCUCUGCCAAGGAGGUCGUGGAUGAAGGUAACAGGGCCGAUAUUAUUGCUAAUAACCGAUGUGUCAAUAAGGAUUUGUAUUCUGGCAAGAAAGUUAAGAUGCACGUAGCGCAAAUAAUCAAGAUGCAUAAAGUCACUCCCCGUUCAAUUGCCUACGUGUCAUGUCAACUGCGAUUCGCCCUUUCUUCUGUGACCUCGUGGUGCUCUAUCGACAGUGAUUUCGACUACAUCCCAUUUUGGCAAACCAUUGUAGACUUUUUCGAAUGGCCCCCUGGUCGUGCAGCACACCGAAAAGUUGAGCAACUCCUGACAUGGUGGACAAGGAAGGUCUUUGGAACAAGUCGUCAUGUGGAACUCAGUGACAGGGCGAAGGCUAAGAUGUCCAUAAAUGCACUAGCCAGGCAACGAGCACAAAUGGAUGAUGCCACUUUCGAUUCAGACUGA